AUGUCAGAUUCCAUUCACCCGAAAACCAAUCAAAAGUCCACCUUUACAUUCCAUGGCAGAACGCAAGUCCCACGUGUCAUUGCUACAAAAGUGCACGAAAUUGUCAAGAAUCGAAUGAAGACAACCGAAGCGAUUGAGCCUCCAGAUCCCAUUCCUGUAAUGGAAUACAAGAAUAUCCGACUAGGAAAGCUUUUGGGGACAGGAAGCUUUAGUUCGGCAUUUCUGGCCGAGUCGUCGUCUUCACCUGAAGGACCUCUUGUCAUGAAGAAAUUGCGACCAGAAGUCCUCAAGAAUCCUCUCGUCUUUGCCGCCUGUGCCGCGGAUCUGUACCAAGAAGGAAAGAUACUGGCCUCGGUUGACCAUCCCAAUAUCAUUCGUUUACGAGCCUGGAGUGGGCCCCAAAUGAUUCAACGAUAUUUGGAUGGUAGUCAUGUGUCGGCCUAUCUAAUUUUGGAUCAGUUGGAAGGAACCCUAGAAGAACGUUUUGGCCAAUGGGCCAAGCGAAAGCCAAAGUUCUAUCAUUCCAAAAAGCGUAGGAUCGGUGUACUGUCAUCGAUCCAACAUGAAAAGUGUCAACAUAUUUUGAGUUUGGCUCGAGCUUUGGAACAUUUGCAUGGGUAUCACAUUUUGCAUCGAGAUAUCAAAGCUGCUAACAUUGGAUUCGAUUCGAACGGAACUCUGAAAAUCUUCGACUUUGAUCUCGCCCGAGUUUUGCCCCUUGGACGCCAUCAGCUCUUUCAACUUACCGCCAAUGUUGGAUCUCCGCGAUACAUGGCCCCGGAAGUCAAAAGAGGAGACAAGUACAAUCUAACGGCUGACGUUUUUAGUUUUGGAGUACUGGUGUACCAAAUCUUUACCCUCAAGAAAUUCAGGUCUCCUGAAACGAUGGACUGCAAUUGGGAAGCAACCAACAAGUCGAUACCUUUUGGGUUUUCCGCGGAUCUACGCAACUUAUUGCAGCAAUGUCUGUUGGAGAAAAAUACCGUGCGUCCACACAUGGAUCAGGUUCGAAGUAUGCUCCAGGCGGAAAUCGAAGGAGAGCACUUUGACCUGGACGCCAUGACAGAAAUCACGGGCUUUGAAUCCAUGUCUGAAAUGGAGAACUCGGGCCAAUACCAACCAUUACCAGCUGCACCGUCGAACGAGUCACCUUUUUCAGAAGAAGUUACAAACGCGCGAUCCAAGGACGAUGAAGAAAAAGAGGAGGUGGCCAAGCCUACUACUUCUGUCCAAACCAACACGAUUCUAUGGGUGACCUAUCUGAAUAUUGUCCUGUAUGCAUUGUGCUAUCAAUUGCAAAGGCCAGUGGAACCAUUUUUGGUCCAGUCCUUAAUUGACAAGCAAAGUGAAGACAGUGGGAAUGGUGGUGAACACAUGCAGGUCAGUCGGGCUUAUGGCAAUCUGCAAUCAUUCUUUCAGGCGAUUCAAACCGUUGGAUCUCCACUGGUGGGUAUUUUGCUGGAUCGAUUGGGCAUUCAAAAAACCUCGGCUCUUGUCUUUCUGGCGUCCGGAUUGUCCUAUGCGCUCUUGGCCAUGGCGACAGACAUGACAAGUUUGUUUCUCAGCAAGCUGCCCACCGUUCUCAUGGCGGCCUUUCUUGUGGCUCAGGCCACGGCUACUACCACCUUGCAAGCUGACUUUGGAAACUCGGCUUCGGCAGUGGCGGCAGCACGGGCUGCAGCUUUGGGUCGUAUGACUACAGCCUACACAAUUGGGGCAACAUUGGGCCCAACUAUCGGUGGGAAUCUGGCCAAUCAAGGGGAUUAUUCGAUCGGUGCGAAGUUGGCGGUAGCGGGAUCAGUGGUGUCGGUUGUUUUGUCGCUUUGGUUCUUGCCCGACACGGCAAAGGUAGCGUCCGAGUCAAAAGGGGAGAAGCUAGGACCGAAAUCCGGCUCUUCAUUCCUUGAGCAAUUGAAGCACUCGGGCAGCUUGCUGGUUCGCUCGGGAUUGUGGCCAUUACUCAUGAUCAAGGUUGUGGGGGGAAUCAUUGCCAGUAUGCAUUCCACCUCAAUGCCCCUCAUUAUGACCAACGAACUCAAAUUGGAACCCUCACAGCUGGGAUUAGUCAUGUCCUCCAGCAUGUUUGUCGUUGCGGCGUUUGGUGCCGUGGCGAUGGCACCUCUGACACAAAAACUACACAAUGCUCGAUUCUUUGGGAUGAUCCAAAUUGGAUUGCUCCUUCGAGCUGUAAUGGGUUGUGGAAUGGCUUGGAUUGUAUCCUCGAUUGGCAGCAGUGUCGACGAAGAGACCGCUGUGCUGUACAACGUCAUUACGGUUGCCGUUUUCCAUGCAUUGGCAUCUCAUACCUUGGCCACCGGACUAACCACACAGACGACCGGAAUGGUCUCCAAAGAAGAGCAAGGUGCCUUGCUUGGUUUGGAACAUGGUUUGUUCAGUCUGGCACGCAUCGUUGGCCCGACAAUCGGAACUCGAUUAUUGGAAUGGGGAGGUCUUUGGUCCGUGGAGAUUACUUGUGGGUUCUUCGACGUGAUUCUUGUAGUUCUUUCGGUAGUAUUGAUCGUCACAAAGGAAAAGAGUUUGUAA